AUCUGUGAAAAUAAUCAAAUUAUAUUUUACCAAAAUCGGUCAUAUAAUAUUUAGGAUAUGAACCCAUUUCAAUCAAAAUACAGAGUGCUGGAAAAAAUAGGUGAGGGGUCAUUUUCUGAUGUAUUGAAAUGUGAAAAUAGAACAACCAAAAUUUGUUAUGCAGCGAAAAGACUUAAGAAAUGUUACAAAUCAGAGGCCAACUGCCAAUCGUGCGCCGAAAUCGUGGCAGCCCAAAAGGUACCGUUCCAUCCAAAUAUACUGAACAUGUUGGAAUACCAUUUUGAUUCGUUUUCGGGAAAGGUAACGUUAAUCUUUGAGCUAAUGGAUAUGAGCAUGCACGAUUAUUUGAAGACCAAGAGGAGAGGUUUAGCGGAGAACAGAGUGAAGUGUUAUUUGUAUCAAAUACUUAGAGGACUGGAACAUCUGCACAGCCAUGGUUUGUUUCACAGAGACGUGAAACCGGAAAAUAUACUUAUUAAAUUUCCAUCCAUUCUAUACGCCCCGCUCUCCCAAACCAAUUCCGAAGAGAUCAUUAAACUGGCCGAUUUAGGAUCAGUCAGAGGUAUAUUUAGCUCGCCACCUUACACUGAAUACAUUUCUACCAGAUGGUAUCGAUCUCCAGAAUGUCUGUUAACUGUGGGCAACUACGGUCCCAAAAUGGAUAUAUGGGCUGCCGGCUGCGUAUUCUACGAAAUGCUUACACUGCGUCCCCUUUUUCCAGGAAGCAACGAAAUUGAUCAACUGUGUAAAAUCCACCAUGUUCUCGGAUCACCGAAUCUACAGUAUCUCACACGUUUGAAAUCCAGAUCCAGACAUUGCAUUUGUUUCCCGAAGAUCAAAGGAACUGGUACGUGUGGACUGUUGCCUUACGUAAGUAGACAUGGAAGAAACGUCCUAGAUCUAAUGAUAGAAUACGAUUGGGAAAAACGAACUAAUGUCAAGAGACUGCUGAAGCAUUGCUAUUUCGAUGACGUCAGAGAUGCUCUAGAUGUCGGUUUAAAAUCGACGUUUCCGAACUUUUGGCAUCAAGAUUCCCUCAACGUUAUCAAUAAAAGUAUGGGCGAUGAUAGCAACGUUAGUUCCAGCGGGCCGAAAAAGAAGAUUUUGAAACGCGAACAUUACAGCGACGAGGCCAGAAAGAGUUCGAAUCAAACCGUAAGACCGAAGCUGUUCAAAAACAUCGGCAACGAGGAUUCGAGAAGAGAAAGCAAGGAAGGCGAUAGUAACAGAAGUGAGAACGCCAACAAAUCUAGCGCCGAUAGUAAAAAAGGAAGAUUCACGACGAAUCACGAAGUGCCAUUUUAUCCUCGUUCGGGAAGCCAAAAUCGGAAACUACCAUUAGCGGACUUCAAAUCUCACCGGUCUACGGAGAAAAUACAAGUUUCCAGAGAUCCAAUAAAAAGGAUUUUAAGAGGCAAGGCUGUAAAAGAUCCAUCUGGAAGAUUCUUAAAAGCUACCAGUAACGUUGAAGGUCGCGAGAGAAAGAGCAUCACCAGCGAAUCGUUCAGACAACUUCAUUCCAAGUCUUUCGUUAUACCUAGAAAUAACGUCCCGCCUAAAUCUACGAAAAACAUGUCCGAAACAUCGCCCAAAAAUAAUUAUCGAGAAUCAAUGCAUACUUAAAAUUGGAUAAGGAAUAAAAAAAAUGUAAAUUAUGUCAAAAUAUAAAAACGUCAUUGUCAUAAUAUUUGUAAAGCACACUGUAUACAAUUUGUGCAAUAAAAUUUUGUCUCGCC